CCUACCUUCGGGCACUAAAUUCUGUCUUCUCUAGGCUAACAUCACUAAACCUGAGUUAUACUGUCAUUCAAAGCUCUGAUCUUAUCAAGCUUGUCGGCCAAUGCCCCAAUUUGUUGCGGUUUUGGGUGCUUGAUUACAUAGAAGAUGCUGGUCUUGAUGUCGUUGCUGCUUCAUGCAAGGAUCUACAGGAGUUGAGGGUGUUUUCUUCUUAUCCGUUUGGUUUAGAACCAAAUAUUGCGUUGACAGAAUAGGGUCUUGUCGCUGUAUCUAAAGGCUGCCCAAAGCUCCAGUCCAUUCUAUAUUUUUGUCGUCAAAUGUAUAAUGCUGCUCUAAAUACUUUUGCGCAGAAUAUGACUAAUUUGACUCGCUUUCGCCUGUGUAUUCUGGAGCCUCGAACUCCCGAUUAUCUUACUCUUCAACCACUGGAUUCUGGUUUUGGAGCUAUUGUAGAGCAUUGUAAGGAUCUUCUGCGCCUUUCCCUUUCUGGCCUUCUUACUGAUCAUGUUUUUGAAUAUAUUGGAACUCAUGCGAAGAAGCUGGAGAUGCUAUCAAUUGCCUUUGCAGGAGCUCGUGAUUUAGAUCUCCAUUAUUUGUUGUCGGAGUGUGAUAAUCUUAGGAAGCUAGAGAUCAGGGACUGUCCCUUUGGCGACAAGGCUCUCUUGGCCAAUGCGGAAAAACUUGAGACAAUGCGAUCCCUUUGGAUGUCCUCUUGCCCAGUGAGUUAUGAAGCAUGUAAGCUACUGGGACAGCAAAUGCCCAGACUUAAUGUUGAAGUGAUUGAUGAAAGAGGACCUCCAGAUUCAAGGCCAAAUAGUUGUCUUGUGGAGAAGCUUUAUAUAUACAGGAGUACUGCUGGGCCAAGGUUGGACAUGCCUGAUUUUGUCUGGACAAUGAAGGAUGAUUCCUCCGUACGGAUCGAGAAACCUAACAGUGUAUAGAGCCAAGGAAUCUUUGUGAAUUUGAUUUGGCAGAUUGUUAAUGCCAGGUACAAUGGGAUUGUGAUGAGGGUUUGAGCUCUCAUGUUAUUAAUUUAACAGUUUGGCGGAACCUUGGGAUGUCCAUUUACUUAUCAAUAGAGACUAAAACUAUGUUGUUGUAUUUGCAUUAGAUACAUUGUUGUAUUAUUCUU